UGGGACCUGACGGUGGAAAGGCAUGAAUCUGAUUCAUUUCCUGAUAGAAACCGCAUAGCCCAGGCCAGCUCUUAAAGAGUCAGGCAGUGAGCACUGGCCCUAAGAGACCUGACGGCCCAGCAAGGGUGAAUACAUCCUCUGGACAGGAGUCACAGCACAAGGACUAAACCAGGAGCAACCCCACCUCUCCCUCCUGACUGCUGUCCCUAAAGCAGAUGACACAAGCCAGAGCAAGAUGCUGCUCGCUGCUGCUGCUCCUGCUGCUGGGGCUGUGGGCGGCAGAGCUCCCAGUCAGUGCCAAGCCCAAAAGCAUGACCUCGGCUCAGUGGUUUGAAACUCAGCACGUGCAGCCCAACCCUCAAGCCUGCAGCUCAGCGAUGGGCCACAUCAACACGUACACAAAGAGCUGCAAACGCCUCAAUGACUUCCUGCACACGUCUCUCUUCAACGUGGCUGCCACCUGCCAGACCCCCAGCAAAACCUGCAAGAAUGGUGGUAAAAACUGCCACCAGAGCCCGAAGCCUGUGUCCCUGACCACAUGUAAACUUGCCUCAGGGAAGUACCCCAACUGCCAUUACCAAGAGAAGCAUCGGAAUGCACGUUACGUAGUGGCCUGUGAGCGACCCCAGAAAAAGGACUCCGGGAAAUUCCGCUUGGUUCCUGUGCACUUGGAUGAAGUCAUUUAGGUUUCCAGGCUUUCUUACUCCUUGUCUGAGCCUCACUCCUCCUCCUGCCUUCUGCAGGCCUCCUUGUCCCCUCCACCCAAAGCACACUCUGCCCUCCUCUCUUCAAACCUUCCUGAUUCAGCUCCAUGGCGAGGCCAAGAUGGAGCUGGUGCUGACACUGUGGGCUGAGCUGUGAGGACAUCAUCUUGGUCUUUUUGUUGCUGCUUCCCCCACCUGAAGCCUAUCCCCAGGAGACCGCUGAGCAGGCUCAGAGCGUGGCUUCCCUGGGCUGUGCUUGUAAACACCUCUUCCCUGCUGCCUUGCGUGGGGCAGCACCGCAAGAGAAGGACACAGCCCAAUAGGCAGCAAUAGCUCCACUCCUGAGGAAGCCCCAGCCCUGGUGCGCUGCGGUACCCAGUGUGGGGAGAGGUGUCCAGAAGGAGGGAGACACAGAGAAACGCCACAUCGAGUUUAAGGAGCAUUUCGUUCUUUUUUUUUUUUUUUUUUAAUCAGUACCGGGAUAGAACUCACGACCGCUUGCUUGCAAGGCAGAUGCUUAUGCCACUGAGCUAAAUCCCCAGCCCAUGAGCAUUUCAUUCUUUAAACAGCACGUCCGUGAGUCCUCCCUUUCCAAUGAGACAGGCCUGAGGGACGUGGCUGACCUUCUUCACCGAGGAGAUAUUAGAGAUUUCAGAAAGCUCGGUCAGUGAAAGAGUCCACUGGCAGGCUCUGGACUUGAAAACAAGUGGCCUUGGUCUACAGACAGCAAUCAGUACGCAACCCGUGGAGCAAGCAAGAGAGCCCUGCAGGGGCAAGAGAAGUAGGCGAGAGUUCAGGCGUGAAGAAACACCCUGGGAGCUCGCCAGAGCCUGCUACUGCUGCGGGCUGCAAUAAAGGUCAUCACCUCUCUCCCCAGAGAAUUUUAUGAGGUGCCUCAGGACUCCUAAUUCAUCCCCGUGCUUUCUCAUGGCCCCUCCUUCUUCAGCCCACUUCUUUCUGGCCUCACCCUGAGUCUCCUUCUAGCUCCAUCCCCUGGGCCCGAAGGCAGAAGAGGGAGGGGAAUGUCCCUAGGCUCAUGUUUCCCUUGACCUUAAGGACCUUCCAUGGCCCAGAGGCUGCUUGUCACAAACCAACCGGUGGAGCUGUCAGGGCUUCCUUCCUGGAGAUAAUGAUCUCCCCUGCCUCAGUGCUUCCCAGGCUGUCCACACUGGCACUCUGCCCAGGCCCGAGGGGUUGAGAUGUGGAAAUGCCCUCUCUCUGUCUGCCUUGGCUUAAGACACCAUCUUUCCCUCUGGAGAAUAAAGCUGGAAAAGUUUUGACUGUU